AUCGAGGUUGGGCCUUGAGGCUCACUUUCCUCUGAAACGACACGCUACGAUGAGUUCCUUGGAGAACAGGUCUAAGCAAGGAGUGUGCCAGAGUCUAUAGUCCGAUCAUUGUGGAGUAAUUAAAAGUCCUUGCAGUUCCUUAGUUGAUCCUCACUUUGCAUGCUACUUGCAAAAUGAAUACCACUUCAAAGGAAGACGUCUUAUUGUCUGUCAUUCCCUUGUCCUGCCUACAGGACGAGCCAGUUCAUAUCAGAGUUUCAGGCUUAAAGCCAAACCAGGAUGUCACUCUUCAAGCCUCUGCGAUUGAGGACACUGGUGUCCUCUACAUGUCUUAUGCACAUUACAGGACUGAUGAAAAUGGCGCGGUUGACGUCGACAAAAUGGAGUCUCUAGGGGGCCAGUAUGAGGGUAUUUUUCCGAUGGGCCUCAUUGGAAGUCUUGUCCCAGCUCCACCACACUACAGAUAUAUUCGUUUCAUCAAGAGAGUUGUAGAAAAGCCUCUGGUAGUAACUCUUAGCGUCCAUAAUGGACACCUUAGCGCUGAAAAGUUGUGUUCAUCAGAAGUAAUAGAACCUCUGUCAUGCGUAGCUCACGAAAGGCAUUAUAUGGCGUCUGGAGUUCAGCGUAUUCCAGUUCAAUACGGAGAGGUCAGGGGGAUUCUGUUUUUACCUCCCGGUGAUGGCCCAUUCCCAGCAGUAAUAGAUAUGUUUGGCACUUUAGGAGGCCUCAUUGAAUACAGGUCAGCUCAACUGGCCUCUCGUGGGAUUGCGUCAUUUGCUCUUGCUUUAUUCAAUUAUGAUGAUCUUCCUAAAGUUAUAAAAGAAUUUGAUAUCGCAUACUUUGAAGAAGCCGUUAAAUUUCUCCUGCAACAUGAAAAGGUGCUUGACUUUGGUGUCGGUGUUAUAGGCAAUAGCAAAGCAGGGGACUUGGUUGUGUCACUGGCUACGUUUAUCCCAUCUGUCGCUGCCUGUGUCACUGUCAAUAGCUUUU